AUGAAGGAUUGCCGACAGUUCAAGUCUAUGACACCUACUAAACGAGUAGAGAUCGUCAGAGAGAAGAAACUGUGUUUCAACUGCCUAGAUCAUUCGAAUCACAGCUACAGAAAAUGCCGGAAGAAUGACGGAUGUUCCGUUCAAGACUGCUCCAAGAAACAUUCAAGUCUCCUCCAUGACGCACUGUCAACUCCUGACAGGAAACAAGAUGCUGUCAAGAAAUCUGAAGAGGUCAAGAAAAAAGACGAAGUCAAAACUGGCUGUGUUUGUGGUCCUGCUGCCUUUUCCAAGACCACCCGAAUAGCUUUGCCAAUCGUGACCGUGUAUGUCCGGGGAAAAGACCAAGAGAAGUUUACGAAGACGCAAGCGCUACUUGACACAGGGAGCAAUAAAACAUUCUGUUCUGAAAGUUUGGCGAAUGAUCUGCAGCUUAAAGGGCAGAAGACCAAGUUAUUUUUAGAAACCCUUGGAGAAGACCAACAGUCAAGUGUCAUCGAGUUGCAGCUUGAAGCCUCGUCCAACCCGUCUGGAAAGGGAAGACUGACGCAGCUGCCCAGAGUAUACGCACUGAAAACGUUUCCGAAGUUGACCCAGAAGCUGGCCAAGACAGACAUCGAGGAAUGGCGCCAUCUACGAGACUUGAAGAUAACUAACAGCACUAAAGACAACAUUGGUCUACUCAUUGGUCAAGAUGUGCCAGCAGCACUUAGACCGUUAGAGAUCCGCCGUGGAGGGGAUGACGAGCCCGAUGCUACCCGAUCAGUGUUUGGAUGGUGUUUGAAUGGCCCGAUAUCAAGUCAAGCUGAAGAAGUCGCUAGCAGCAAUUUCGUCCGAACUGGUUGUGACAGCGCAGACGCCCUGCUUCAAGCUCAAGUUGAACAGUUCUGGAAGAUUGAUGGAGGCACGCCGAUUUUAGCAAAAUCGAGACCUCAUCCCUCCCGCGAAGACCAAAGGGCACUCCAGAUAUGGGAUCAGUCAUGCUGCCAGCAAGAUGGUCAUUACAACCUAGACAUUCCGUUCAGAGAUGAUCAGCCGAGAUUGCCGAACAAUAGACGGAUGGCCGAGAGAAGACUCCACAGCCUGGGGAUAAAACUCUCAAAAGAUCCUCAACUCCAUGAGAAAUACAAGGCCGGAAUUCAAGACUUGUUGAACAAGGGAUUCGCAGAGAUGGCCCCCGAAGAAGCAGCCCAGGAUGGUGUUGAAUGGUAUUUGCCGCACCACAACGUCGUAAACCCAAGCAAGCCAGAAAAGUUUCGCAUCGUUUUCGACUGCUCAGCUGAAUAUGCAGGAACGUCUCUCAAUAAAGAAGUCCUUCAAGGCCCAGACUUAACAAAUUGGUCGGUGUCCUCUUACGAUUCCGGGAAAGACCUGUCGCUGGGAGAUGUUGAAGCCAUGUUCCAUCAACUGAGAGUUACUGAGAAACAACGCAACGCUUGA